GCGAACUGUACUGUGGGCGUCAGCAGCGGCUCUACCAUGGCAGCCGCCUCCUUCCAGCCCUUGAAAUGUUUAUUGCUGUGGGUCUUUUUCGUCAUCACGCCACCGGUGAAGGCGGUACCGGAGCCGGGAAUCUGGACGGUACCCAUUGGCAGUGGAGCAGGAUCUCUGUUCUUCAGGAAAACGCUUUAUAAUUCGACAAACAUUAAAGUGAAACUUAUCUCACCUAAUUGCCCAACUCCAGUGAAACUUACUGUAAAAUGGUAUCUGAGAUCUCAUCGGUGCUACAAUCAAUUUACAAAUCUUGAAGAAGUCCUGGAAAGACACCACACAAAUUUGGAUACAACUGACAAUUUUUGUAAAAAUGUUUCUAAGCCGGAUUUCUGUGACAAAAAUGAAGAUAAGAACAUUGACUGCAAUAAAGACAUGCAUGCGCUUCCGACGUUAAAGAUGAGUAAGCUUGUUCCAAAGAUAUCAGUGAAUCAAAGUGCCGGUUCCAAAAACCCUUUGAACCAAAUGGACUUUGAUAUUGUGGCUAGAACAUACCAAGAUGGGCCUUAUCUCUUUGUGCUGCAAGUAAAAGGAGAUGAGAAUGUAAAAUGGAAUUUAUCAGUUACUGUCUCAAUGAAGGGACCUCAUGGGUUCAUCUCUGCUUCUGAUUGGCCACUGAUGAUUUUUUAUAUGGUGAUGUGCAUAAUGUAUAUACUACUUGCACUACUCUGGUUCAUCUGGUCUGCUUGUUACUGGAAGGACCUAUUGCGGAUCCAGUUCUGGAUUGCUGCUGUUAUUUUCUUAGGAAUGCUGGAAAAGGCAGUUUACUACGCUGAAUAUCAGAACACGGACAACACUGGAGUUUCUUCACACGGCCUGCUGAUAUUUGCUGAGCUGAUUUCUUCCAUUAAAAGAACAUUGGCAAGGUUGCUGGUGACAAUUGUCAGUCUGGGAUAUGGCAUAAUUAAACCACGUUUAGGAGCUGUUAUGCACCGUGUAGUUGGAAUGGGGGUUCUGUAUUUUGUAUUUGCCGCAGUGGAAGGAGUAAUGAGGAUUAUCGGGGCAAAAGAAUAUGACCUGGUAUUAUUGGCUGGUAUUCCUUUGGCUCUACUAGACUCUGGCUUGUGCUGGUGGAUAUUUGUAAGUCUGGCGCAAACAAUGAAGACCCUGAAGUUAAGGAAAAAUACGGUCAAAUAUUCGUUGUAUAGGCAUUUCACAAAUACCUUAAUUUUUGCUAUAUUAGCAUCAAUAAUAUUCAUGAUAUGGAGAACAAAAAAGUUCCAAUUAGUAGAUUGUCAAGCUGAUUGGAUGGAACUCUGGGUUGAUGAUGCAUAUUGGAGGUUUCUUUUCUUUAUUAUCUUACUAGUCAUCAUGUUUCUCUGGAGACCUUCCGCAAACAACCAAAGGUAUGCAUUCACCCCUUUAAUAGAUGAUUCAGAUGAUGAAGUUGAAGAAUUCCUGGUAACAGAUCACUUAGCUGAAGGGAUGAAAUUAAGAGGAACAAAGCCAGAAUGUAAUGGUGCCCCUAAACCUCCUGCUACUAAUAUAGAUGAAGAUUUAAAGUGGGUGGAAGAGAAUAUUCCAUCUUCAUUUGCUGAUGCAGCACUCCCAGUGUUAAUGGACUCUGAUGAGGAGAUUAUGAUGACCAAAUAUGAAAUGUCCAAGAUUGAAUAAUGCCGGCAGGAAUUCGGUGGCUGAAAGAAUUGUAAACUUCUGCUCUGAGAGACCUAAAUCAGUAUAGACGAUUCCAUGUUUUGUCGAGGGGGACAAAGACAAUGAUUCAGUGAAAUGGAAAUAGCACUUCCAAACCUUGCACAUGUAUACUUUAAACUAAAAACUUUUUAGCCCUGUUCUCAUUAAUACCAUGUUUGUGUGCUUGUAGUAGGAUGAAAAAGUGACUUGUAUUGCAACCCCCCACCCCCUUCUAUACAGCUGUGUUGAAUGUGGCCUAAUAAUGAAGAGUUGGGAUUUCCUAUUAUAUGUAUAAGGCAUGUCUUUUAAAAUGGAUAUUUGUAUGAACAUUCUGUUCUGAGUCUCAUUGCAUUGCAUUUUCCGAUAUCCUUAGAUUUUGUUUGUGGCUAAGGAGCUAUAAUAUAUACAAUGCCCUAUCAAAAUCCAGGGUCUGGGUCUGAGGUGUGAAUACUAACAUUUACUGUAUGACAGAUCAGGCCUGAAGGCAGCAAGUGGCGGUGGCCCAUUGUGUGUAUACAUUGAUGUUGAUGAACAUGCUGUUUUUUAAAUGGUGUUCAAUUCUGUACCUUUUUAAAAACAUUUUUUGAGUGUAUUUUCUUAAUGCACAGUUUUUUUGUACUCUUGUUUUUUGUGUUAUUUAUGGAGAACUCAAACAUUUUGUACAUAUGUGAAGGUUUGAGGAUGGCAUACUUAGAGCAUGUGUGAUCUCAAUAUAAAAGGUUUACUCACGUCUUUAUUUUGCUUCCAAGCUUUAAUUAUUAAAAGCAAUAACUGUCACUGAGUUUGUUGCUCUUAGGUUUUAGUAAGCUGUAUGCAGCUGAAUGGGCUUGAAAAAUGAUUUUAUUUUGCAUCCGUUAAAAUAAUAAAAUGUGAAGUAUAAAAAAAGCCAAAAAA